UCGGUAUUUGUAACCCUUUUCAUGUUGCUUAAAGGAUCUGCUUACCUCAACUAUCGUUCGGGUGUUGUCCUCCACGCCUCCUGGUUUCUAAACGUUAUGAGCCCAAUCUAUAGAAAUGCUGAAUGGGUUUUGAGGACAGUAUGCCGUUAGGUGCAUCUGAGGUUGCGUCCUAAGCCGUUACCGAGUUACCAAGGCAAGGAGACUUACCUUAGCACGAGCCUGAUCCUAGGCGGCACUUCCACGGCUUGUUUCAUCCGAGGCUGUACAAAGGAUGUCUUUAGAAAUAUCUAAUUCCAGAAGCCCAGGGCCAGUGUGGGAUAACCUCCCGGACGAAAUCCUCGUCAUGAUCUUUGGCCAUCUGGCUGACGUGGGCAGCGUGUGGGAGGAGGACGACCCGCUGCGCCUUACCCAGCUGCCGUACCGCCCCGCCGACCUGGAGCUGCUUCCGCCGGUGGGGCUGCGCGGCUACCCCUUCCUGGCGCAGGUGUGCAGCAGGUGGAGGCGGCUGCUGGACACCGACGUGGCGCAGCGCCUGGUGUGGCGGCACGUGUGUAUCGACCUGGGUCACGAGCUUGUCACCUCCAUCCACACACCCCUGCGCUGGAGCAAUGCGCGGCCCAGCCUGGCGGACUACCACGCGGCCUUCCAGAGCACCUCCCUCAGCGCUAGCAAGAUCCUGCGCUUCCUGGGCCGCGUACGCCCGCACGUGCGCCGCCUCACAGUGGCCAACAGCGAGGGGUUCGAGGGGGAGGGCGGCGAGUGGGUCAGCCUAGCGGACAAGCACGACUUCGGGCCGGCGCAGCUGGGGUGGGCGCUGGCGGCGCUGAGGGACAACCUUACGGAGCUGGUGCUCCAUCGCUGCCACGACCUGGUGUGUCCCUCGCCCUCCUCCCCCUCCGCCCCCUCCUUGGAGGCUGUUGCGGGGGCCGGCGGGGGUGUGUGGGGCCUGCUGCCGCACCUGCCCCAUCUGCGGCUGCUGGCGGUGGAGGGGCUGCGGGGGGCGCUGCCGGUGCAGCAGGCGGCAGCACUGGGGGAGAUGAGGCAGCUGGAGGCCCUGGUGCUGACCUGCGAAUGCCGGGGCUUGGAGGUGGGGCUGGAGGGGGUGCCGCAGGCGUGGAGCCAGCUGACCAGCCUGACAAGGUUGGAGCUGCGCGACCACGGCUUGCUGCCCUGCCUGCCGUCCUGGCUGCCCUGCCUGCCGCGCCUGCGUCACCUGGACCUCAGCGGCUGCAAUGAGCUGGAGGGCGGAGGGCCGGAGGGGGCCGGCGGGGGGCUGCAGGGUCUGGCGGCGGGGACGGGGCUUCAGGUGCUGGUGCUGCAGCGCCUGUCCUUGGAUCACGUGCUCCCCACCCCCGACGAGAUCUCCUACGCCGCCCACCUGGGCCGCCAGCCAGCCCGGCGCUGCCUGCCGGACCUCAGCCCGCUGGGCCCUAGCCUGCGCUCGCUGUCGCUGGCCGCCAACUGCUUCAGCCAGCUGCCCGGCUGGUUGGGGGCGCUGAGCAGUCUGGAGCACCUGGACGUGUCGCACAAUAACGACUUGCACAUCCGUUCUCCGCUCACCUCCCUCGCCGCCCUUCCCUCUCUGCGCCUGCUCGACUUCCGCUGCGUGCACGUGUCGCCCGACGAGCCAGCCGGCUACUGGUGCGAGGCCAAAUGCACCACCAUGCAGCACCUCACCCGCCUGGCACGGGCGCUGAAGCGGAGACGGCACCCGCAGCCGCGACUGCUGCUGGAUGUGUAGCAGGCCGCAAUGGAAAGGGGCAGGAUGUGUAGGAGUGAGAGUGUUUAAAAGUAGGAAUUUGCGUUCAGUAUGCAUGUAUGUACCUAUAGAAGCUCGCGUAUUGGAAUUGCUGUUGAACAGAUGUGCAUUGUGUUUAUCAGCGCCCGCCGGGAUUGCGGAGUGCAUGGAUAAGACAUGGCGUGUGCAAAAGGCUACUUCGUUUUUGUCUUGCUGGCACGCCUCUUUCCCUGAAGCAAGGGAAGCAAGGGUUGGGUCGUUCCCUUGGAGACUUCUUUUUUGCCUUGCUGGAAGGUAGCAAGAUGUCGACGUGACAGUAACCGCAUCAAGCACACACAGGCAUGUGCUCGUGAGCAAAUGUUUGCUGCAUAUGUUGUUCCCGAAUGCCGCUGUGUGCCUCAGAGGCGUGUGCAUAUAUGCUGCUAAUGACGUCGUGAUGAGGGCUGUGCGGAGUUGAUCUCGCGUUUGCUGGCGCGGUAAGGUGGGAAGCCUGUGUAGCUGCUGUGUACCCGUGUUUCUAUGGACACCCUCUCCCAGCUGCACUAAGCUUUAAUAUGGCUUACACUCUUUACCUGGUU